ACAUGGCGUCCAAAUCAGUAGACAAACCAGAGUAUCACAGGUGAACACAAAGUGUUAUUUUACGUUUUCUAAGUUUCUAUCGAAUUGGAUCGUCCUUUAGAGGUUUCGUGGGUUCGUGUAUUUUCAAAGUAUUUUGUCGUCUGCUGAGCGGUUUGCAGAAAGAACUCCUAGGAAAACAGCUCCUUCUUAUGUGCCGCUUUUCAACACGACAGAAUACCAUAUUUGUGCUCACAACGAGUUCGCCGAUCCCUAGCUUUCAAGCUUUUCUUAUAAUGCAGUUGGUCUAACUACUGCUCAGCCUUAUGGCACUUGAGUCGAAAGCAAUGCUAGACAUGUCUGAGUUAAACUGGUGAGCUUAAAAGCUUUCCUUGCUGCUAGCUGUUUAGGCUCAUUGUGGAACAAAUGUAUGUUUGUGGACAAUGUCAGGUGAAGACCAUUCUAUUUUCUACCUUGUGUGGUUAAAAACUAAUAAAAAUGUUCCGCAGCAGUAUGGCUCGUAAGGGUGAGUCCUUACGGGCAAUAAAUGUUGCUGUGGUUGGCCUUUCUGGAACAGAAAAGGAUAAAGGCCAGGCAGGUGUUGGAAAAUCAUGCCUCUGUAACCGGUUCAUGCGCUCUUUAGCAGAUGACUACAGUGUCGACCAUAUAUCAGUACUCAGUCAGACUGACUUCAGUGGAAGAGUGGUUAACAAUGAUCACUUUUUGUACUGGGGUGACAUAGUGAAGCCAACAGAUGAAGGCCAAGAAGUUCUCUUCCAAGUUAUUGAACAAACAGAAUUCAUUGACGAUGCAUCAUUUCAACCUUUUAAGGGUGGUAAAAUGGAACCAUACAUGAAGAGAUGCACCAACACCAAACUUACUUCAGCUGAAAAACUAAUGUAUAUCUGUAAAAAUCAAUUGGGAAUUGAGAAGGAAUAUGAACAGAAGGUCAUUCCUGAUGGCAAGUUUAAUGUUGAUGGCUUUUUGUGCUUGUAUGAUGUUAGUGUUGUUCCAAGUCGAUCUAUUGAAAAGCAAACAGAAGUUGUAGCUGCUAUUCUCAACAACAUCAUGAAAACAAAGAAACCAGUUAUAUUGGUCACUACCAAGAAUGACGAUGCAAGUGAGAUUUAUGUUAAAGAAGCAGAAAAGCUUGUUAACAGGAAAGAGUACAAAGGCACAAUUCCUAUUGUUGAAACAUCAGCUCAUGAGAAUAUUAAUGUAGAUAAUGCAUUCAUAGCUUUGGCUCAACUCAUUGAUCGUUCAAAGGGUAGGAUGAAAGUUGUGCCUUUCAUUGAGGCUGCAAGAGCACGCAAAGAGGUUUUAGAUCAAGCUACAGAGGUCUUCCAGAGGCUCAUUAGGUCUCAGGUCACUGAUUAUCGGGCAAUGUGGAAUCCAACUUCCAAGAAACUCACCAAUCAACCGGACUUCAUUCGCUUUGUUGAUCAAUUUGGAAUGGAUAGUGCACAUCGUCUUUUCCGUCGGCACGUGAAGAAAUUGAAAGAUGAGUAUUUGGCGGAACGAGUUGAAGGAUUCAUGGAAAUGUUGCCUGAUGUCCUUCAAGAAAUGAUCCCUGACCUGAACACAUUAAUGGAUAGUGACUGGCCUUCUGUCCAACAACACAUCAAAGAUCACCCCGAUUUCAGUCAAUAUUUUUAUGAGUGUCCAGAUGACUUACCAUGGACAGAGGGUGACUUUGAUGAUCCAUCCGAAACCCGGAUACCGUUUGAUGUUCUUGAUACCACAGAAGCUGAGACUGUUUUCAAGAAUCAUGUCAAUGCUCUUCAGCAGGAACAAAAGAGACUAGAGCUUCCCAAAAGGUACAAGAAGCAAUUCAAGCAGUUACUGGAAGAUACAGGAUAUGUCACACCUGGGAAGCUGUUAUCUGAAGUCAGAGUACUUUUUAUGGGACGUGAAUGUUUUGAAGCUCUCUCAGACCAUGAGUGUCAGGCAAUCUAUGAUCGUCACCAGAAAGAGAUUGUUGAAAAAGCAAAGCAUAACUUCCAGGAACUUCUCUUGGAACAUGCUGACUUAUUUUAUCAUUUCAAGAGCAUUGCUCCUACUGGUACUAUAACUCAAGAUGACAUAAAGGAAAUAACAGAUGCACUCCAGGAAGACUCCCGUUACAAGUCCCUUGACCGUUUGGAUCAGGAUCGCAAAUUAAUGCUUUUCCAGCACCUUGGCUUUGUUCACUGUCCCAUUCGUGAACAUUGUCCUGCUUUUCCAAACUGUAUGGAUGCUCUCAUUGAACGCAUUCUAGCCAACAAAGCACACAGACCCUCUUCAUGGAAUCACAGCAGCCAAUGGAUGCUUAGCUCAGACAAUAAUCAAUUGAAUUUAGUGAUUUUGGGCAUUGAUGGCCUGGCAGAUGAACUAGUCACAGAGAUCAGGACCCAAUGUGAUGAUGAUGAGUAUGAAAUUGACUGUCAGUUGUACAGCUUGGAUUACCGAAUCAUUGAUGGUGAUGUCAGCUUACCUCAAAAUUCAUUCAAAACAUCAGACUUUGUACCCCAUGGCUGUUUUUGUGUUUAUUCAAACCCUUCAACUUUUGAAUAUGUCCGUGAGAGUCUUGAAAAAACACUGCUUUCAAAUUUGGAACAAGAUGACCGUCUUCCAUUUCAAGGCCUUCCCAUUGUCAUUUUAUUUGUUGCUGAUCCAUCUGUUGAGGAAAAAGAAGUUCUCAGGCUCCGAGAAGAAGGCCAGAGUCUUGCUGAUAGCCUGCAGUGUCCUUUCAUUGAUGUCACCAUGGAGGAUAUUGACCUAAGCCAACGAUUCAAUGCCAACCUUGUGGCAGAUGGAUUGCGACAACUUAUACUGAGUAUUCAUCACAGAGCAGGAUUCAUCAAUGUUUAUCAAUCUGUUAUGGAUGGCUCAGAACCAGACAUAAGGAUAAUCAUGUGUAUGUUCUGUGGUGAUCCAUACUCUGUGGAAAAUGUUCUUGGUCCACUUUUAAAUCAUCAGUGCUGCUUUUUAAGUGGAGAACGCAGCAUCAUUCUUGAAACGUUCCUCGGUGAUUCCAAACGAAAGGUUGAGGUUAUUAUUUCGUCAUACCAUGGUGCCAAUGCAUUUCGAGAUGACCUAGUUCAUGGGUUCAUCCUGGUUUACUCAACUAAAAGAAAAGCUUCACUGGCUACAUUAAACGCCUUUUCAUUGAAUAUUCCCAACCUGCCAAUCCAAAUAAUGGCAGUGACAGACACAGGUGGUGCCAAUGCAUUCUUCAGCAGUGAUCUCAGUCAUUUGCUCAUGACAGAAGGCAAUGCCGUAGCAGAUCGCCUUGGAGCUCAUUUUAUGACAUCAUCAUCAUCUUGUCAACAGAAAACCGCCUUCUAUACACCAUUCUUUAAAGAGGUUUGGGACAAAAAGCCGGAAAUUGAACAAGCCUUCAAUAUGGAGGAGCCCCCUGGUCUUAGUCGGUCUGCUGAAUGUACAUUAGAAGUAAGACCUGGAAGAAGACCCAGACCACCACCUCGACUUGAAAGCUACCACUGUAAAGGUGGCUCUAAUGAUGGAAGUGGAUCUGAAAUAUAUGAACGACUUCCAACUGAUGCAUCGCAGGGAGAUGACAUUAACCUCUCACCUUCCUUUAAUGACCACCUUCUCAGUCCCAGUGAUGACAGUGAUAUCUACUCUCAUGUAGAAAUGUACAGCCAGGAAAAUGGUGAAAGCCUAGUCAAACCAAGUGACAUCAAGAAUGCCAAGAUGCAUCAAGGGUUUCAGGUGUACCCCCCUCCCACCACUCCCCCAGAGCCCGCGCCCCCUGACCACCCGCCGCGUCACCCACACCGACUCGUCAAGGCGACUACUCUGCCCUCCGGGUCUCACACCAGUCUCGACGAAAUUACAUCUGACAUAAGUGGAUCAAGGGAGUCCCUUGCCACAAGAGAUUCAGGAUGGGUGGAUGAUUCUGUCUUUCUUCAUCGCACUGAUGGAGACGAAGGCAUGUGGAUGAACAACUAUGCUCACCGCGCUUUCACUACUGGUCGUCGCCAUGUUCCACCCACGAAAACAAGGCCGAAGGGUAACAGCCACACACUUAAGCAACCUGGCAAAUUGAACAUGGAGGAAUACUCCCUGGUGACAGAUGCAAUUGCUCGCAUGAACGUGAAAGGAAAGGAAUCGAAGCUAGUCAAGUUACAGAGACCUGUUUAUGGCCACCAUGCUCCCCUUGCUAGAGAAGAAAAUAUGGAUGUAGUCUCAGAAUAUGCACAGGUGAAGGAUGCAGUGCCUAGCCUGUAUUCGUCUUAUGAUGGAGAGUAUACAUAUGCAUUGGUCCAAGAUGCUGUUGGCAACAAUAAAUCGAAAGUUCGUCACAGACGUGAGAAAGGUCGUCCAGCAUUCUCUGAAUCGGACAGUGAUUGGAGCUCUCUGGAGCGAAAGCAGCGAGCUGCAGAAGCAUAUUCUAAAGCGAAUCGCAAGCCCGCGCCUCACAAACGUGUCCGUAAGAAGCGGACGGCGAUCCCUGUUCCUACCCCACGGGUUCCCAACAUGCAAUCCUUUGCUCCAGAUGGGGCAGGGAUGCUUAGCUAUCGCUUAAAGGAUGAGAAGUCCCGGGGUGCGGGCGAUUCCCUUGAGAGAGCAAACAGCGAAUCACCUUCUGAUGCAAGCGAUGCAAGUGAUCCAGACAUGUCAGCUGGUUCUGCUAUGAGACCUCAAACAAAACUUGAAAAACAUUCUUUCCGAUUGAAAAAACGAACCCUUGGACCCGCUCCUAGACCUCCUGUGGUGCCGAAUCCCCCAAGCCUCGACAAUGACAUGUUCUCCCCCUCCUCAAAAAUGAAACUAGAAGGCUCAUAUGGACGCAUACACGAUGAUGAGUCAAGUCUUGAUGUUUCUUCUCCCAGAGAUGUCAAUUCUCCUCUGUUUGGUAUGGGAAGCAAAUUGAAAGAUGAUGACAAACUCAAUCGAAGGAAAGAAAAACAAAGGGCUAAGGAUGAUGAAAAACUUGAAAAAAAGCGUCAGAAGGAGGUGAAGAAGUUAGCUGAAAAGGAAAAAGAGAGGGAAAAGAAAAAAAUACAGAAGCAGCAACAGAAGCAGCAAUCUGUGACAAAGCAAUUGUCUGCUGGGGGAAGUAGUGGAGUGGGGAGUGGUGGCAGUGGUGGUUCAGGAGCAUCAGCUCCUACUCUUCAAGAUUUUGUUCAAUCUGAUGAUAAUUCUGUGCCAUUGCUUCUUGAAAAAUGUGUCAAGUUCAUUGAAGAAGAGGGGUUGGAUUCUGAAGGAAUUUACCGUGUGCCUGGAAACCGAGCCCAUGUUGACCUACUCUUCCAGAAGUUUGAAGAGGAUUCAUCUGUUGAUAUUCAUGAGCUGGACAUACCAGUAAAUGCAGUUGCUACUGCUUUGAAAGACUUUUUUUCUAAGCGUUUGCCACCAUUAUUCACUGAAGAAGCAAUGACAGAAUUAGAAGAUAUAUCAGAGCUGUAUGUUACAGUGAGAGGGGAUCGAAGCUGUCGGCUACUUGCCCUGCGGAGUUUACUCAAGAAGAUGCCUGAUGUGAAUUUUGAAGUCCUAAAGUUUGUUUUCCAACAUUUUGUAAGGGUGUCCGAGAAUUGCAAGCUGAACAGUAUGGAUUCCAAGAAUCUGGCCAUUUGUUGGUGGCCAACUCUAUUACCUAUUGAAUUUAGUGACAUGGGGCGUUUUGAGGCAAUGAGACCACACUUGGAAGAUGUGGUGCAGACAAUGAUAGAUCAAUAUCCAUUUUUAUUUUGUGGUAAAGAAGCUUUUGUUAUGGUUUAAGCAGAAAAUGCCUCAUCAUUUUAACUUGUACAUUCCUAAAAGUUGUCUGUGUCAGCAAGAUUUUACUGUUCUGUUUCAGUAUGUUCUCUUUUUCUUUUUAAAAAAAAUACUCAGCAACGAUUUUGUCUGCCAUAUAGAUUUUAUUUAUGACAUGAAUUUUUACUGGCAAUGUAUUUUUGUGGUGCCUCACAUUGCGUUCAAUUUCUUUUUGUGAUACACAUUUUAAUUAGUGUCUGUGGUCAACCAUACGACAUUAGUAGGUCAUGCUGCAAUGGCUGUGAAUGAUCUUCUAGGUCAUUUAUAUUGUGUUGGUUUCUUUUUCUUCUGUUUGUGAUGUCCUGUAUUUUGUACUUUGCUGAAGAUUAUGAAUUUCAAUUUUCAUUCUCUUAGAUAAUGAAUGAAUUAGGUAAUAUGUUUACUUUUUAACGAUUUUUUUUUUUCAGUACAUCUGCUAUAUUUGUACAUGAAAUUUUAUCUUAGAGCAAAACUGGGAUGAAAAUUAAUUGUAUUGAAUCUUGUAAUUCUGAAAUAUCAGUGGUUGGCCACAAACCCUACUUCCCAUCAUUCUUUUCCCAUUGUAACUUACCAAUGAUGCUCCAGUGAGCCACCGAUAUUAGGUGUCAGCAUGCGCUGAACUAUGUGUGACUACAGAACUCCAAAAUUUCCUCAAGGAAAGUUCUUUAGUUUUUGCAGUCUGUGAGCAUUGUGGUGGAUAAAUUCUAGUCUAAAAGUUAGAUAGAUUGAUGUUGAACUGUGCCAAUAUGAAUGUGCAGAUCCUAGGAAUCCUAUAGAUGCCUUGGUUGCAAUUUUAACAUUGAAACCAGUAUUAAAUGUGUUUUGUUGAAACUUGGCACAUUCAAAUAUGUAAUUAUUUGUAAAUGAAGCCUAUAAGUAGGCUUCUGGUUGACAGAUUUUGUCCAUAGCCCAAAUAGAGAAGUCAAAUUUUAAUGAAAAAUAAAUAAAUAUGAAAAUAUAUAUAUGUAUAUCUACAAUAUAAAGUUUUAUUUUUAUUUAUUCAUUUGUAUAGAAGGAGUUUCAAAUUUCUAUGGAUGGGCUGUCAUGAAAUUGUACCACCUUGAAAAUAGCUUAAGGUGAAGUCAUUCAAAGCCGUACCUCUUUGUACCGUGUACCUCUACACAAUUGAUAUAUUUUUGUAGGGACCUGGUUGCAGUUAAGUUAUAAAGUUAAAACAGUUCUUGUAAUUUUUACACAAUCUUAAAUAGUUUUUGCAAAGGACAGAGAUGCUAAUCACAGGAUCUAUGAUACCGUUGGCCCUGCUUACUUGAGGAAAGGUCAGUAUUUCUUACCAAACCUCAAGCAGGAAAGUAAUAGUGCUGUCACCAGACUUCUCCAUGGAGCCCAUUUUUAAUAUUUGAUCUUUUUAAUAUUUUAGAGUCCAAACAAGCUGAAAACUUGUUUCGUCUGUUUGGAAGAAACAAAACUUAUUGUGGUUGUGAAUGUAGGAUAGUUGCAAAGUAUAGGAGGUAAAUUGAGUCGAUAGUUUGAUCUUGUACGCUGUGGGGUAUCCUAUACGCUAGACUGGUGUGACUCUCUGACUAGAGUGGAUCUAAAUUAUGUCACCAUGGAGUGUCUCAAAAGUAAUUCUUUUAUUUUUCAAAUGAACUGUGGUGCAAAGUACUUUGAUGAACGUCUCUUUAUCCUUUGCAAAUCUUGUAUUCAUAUUCCACUUGUGGCUGAUCUAGAUUCAUUUUUAUAAUCUACUUAAAUGGUGGACAAUAUGUGCUAGUAUCUUGGCAUUUUAUUGAUUGUAGAGACGUCCAGAAAUAUUGAGUAUAUUAUUGUGUAAGAUUCAGGUGGCAGGCAGCCUUGAUUCAGACUUGGUUUUCUACUUCAGAUUUCUUUUUAAAAUGUAUUAUAUCUCAACUCUAUGAGUUUUUAUUGUCUUAGUUGGUUUCAUUUAGUACAAAUCUUAAGAGCCAUACACAUUCCAAUUACCUGUAAGGUUGCCCAUAGGAGUCUUAUGGGAUGCUUUGAAUCAUGGACUCUUGGUCAUCAUUCCCUGGAGAACAUACUAAUAAGGAUCAACAGAAUUUCCCUCUCUUGGGGCCAAAAAAACCUGAGAUGUUUCCUAAUUGAUUGUGUCAACAUGUUAGAGAAUGAUGUGUGGCUCAUCAUCAAUGCAGGGCAUUUGGCUGAGUUGAUUUGUAUCUUGAUAACAAAGUUUUGUCAUUGUGACUGAUGAAGUAAAGAAAUGUUUUAGCUGAGUUUAUGGGAGAUCACAUGUCAUAUCAGUAAGUAUCUGGUUGUCAGCAAUUCAUUCAUGAACUAGUUUUCUCAUGUAUCUUUGAUAUAUUGUUUGUAAUAUAAGAAACUUUUAAUUGUUGCCUAAAAUCGAUCAUUAAAUAAUUCUAACAGUUGAACAUUUAAACAAAUAACAUGCAGUAACUGCAUGUUAAAUUCAGGUAAUAGUGAUUUUUUUAAAUCAAAUUGUGUACAUUUUUCUCUUCAGAUUGUACAUUUGAGGCCUGAGUAACAUUUGCUCACAGCACACAUUCUCUAUUUAGUAAAGUGAGCUUUGUACUUUUGUAUGUCUUUUGUUGGUCUGUAAUGGUUUUGCUAAUUUAUUCUCAGUGUGUAAGUUCUUUUGAUACAGUCUGAGUGCAUGGUGUUUGUAUGAGCCCAGUGUAGGAGUGUGAGGCAGGAGGAGAUGAUAUUCUAGUUUGAUAUUAGUACCGUAUUGCUGGGUACAUUUGUGUAUAGUAGAAUUAGAACAAAUGAGCGCCAUAUCUCAUGAAUGGGUCUCUUUUUAACAAACUGCCAAUUUACGUGAAGCUCAAAAUGAACCAACUUAGUUUUGUGCAUGUGAAAACAUUGUGUAGCACGGAAUGCACAGCAAAUGCACUGUGAUUGCUUAAGGGAAGAAACUGAUAGCUAUUUGCUGCUUGAGUUGGGCCUCCCCAAAUCCAUUACGCUUGCAGAAAACCAAAUUAAUCUCAUUUAAUUUGGAAACCAUUAAAAUUGUCUAUCUAAAAGCAAAUACCAACAAAGCUCUGUAUGCUAAAAGAUUUGCCUCAUUUAUUUGCAAGGCUUAGUAUGUUUAUUAUUAUAAUUGUUUUCUGGGUGAUUGUUUUAUUUCUAACUAGCCACAAAACCAGAAUGGGUUACGUGAAGUGUUUAUUUUUUUCUCAAUCAGAACACAAUUGUAGGACUUUAAAAAAUGCAGUCUGUGAUAUUGCAUAAAAAAUAAUUAGGAAUUGUGUAAGCUUCAUCUUCUAAAACAUCAGUUAAAGUGCCAUCUUUCUUAUUGUCAAUUGUAACCCUUACUUAAUUUCACUUUAAAGCUUUAAGCUUCUUAAUAAUGUGGCAGUAAUUUGUUCAUUCUGUUGUCUUAAUGCAGUAAGCCCCAGUUUGAGGCAGCAUUAUCUCUCGCUUUCACCAACCCUCUUCCUCCUCAUCUCCAUUUUGUCCCCUAUUAUUGUAUGUGCGAAUUUUUUUAGAUCUAGUACACUUUUUAGUGUAGUCAGUGUGCUCUCUAGCUUGUAGCAUGUUGUAUUUCAUUGCUAUUGGUGUUAGUGUUUUGUGCUAGUCUCCUCUCUGGAACUCAAAUGUGGAUUCAACUAUGAUAUUCAAAAGAGUCCUUUGCAUCACAAGACACACAGGACAAGGACAUACCUUUUUGAUAUCAAACUCAGCAUGUACAUAGAAUGUACAAAGUAGUAACGCUGAAAAAAUAAUAAUAGUGGUGCACUUCACAACUAAAGAAUACUAUCUGUAUUAUAUGCCAUGCAAGUAUUUGAAGCUUUAAGUGUAUUUUUCUCUUAACUAAAGUGUUUGUAGAUCAACAUUUGAAAGCACAAAAUUUUUAAGACAAUUCUUCUUUGUGUACACUUUUUUAUUGGAUUAUAUUUACUGUCAUUGUUGCCCAAUGUGGCAUCUGUAGAGCUUAUCCAUGGUCUCGUGUUUUCUGAGAUUCCAAAACCCUCACUGGUAAUGAGAUUUUCUUAGCACAUGAAAAUUUUCCGCCAUUGGUUAAGAACUUGACGUACUGAGCCAGAAGCAGGAGCAGGGGCUGGACCUCUCUCCUCGGCAUUAACAUAGACGUAUCAGAAUGUGUGCAUUUUGGUAUUGAGACAUGUCAGUAAUUACUGUUUCUUUCUUUCUUCUUCCUGCAUUUGGGUAACAUCCUCAUUAAUUGAGUUGGCAAAAAUCUGUGCAUACUCCCUGUGAUUUGCAUGUGUAUGAACAGUUAGUUUGUGUAUCUUCAUUAUUGUUUCUGUUGGUUAUAAAAUUAAGUAUGUGCAAAGUUUUUUUACACUUAUGUAUGUGUAAUUUUACUUACUUUGCAUGGCUUUUGUCUGCCUUUCAACGUUUUUUUGUCCUACAUUAAUGCUCGGAGUUUUCUUUUUCUGGCUAAAGAAAUACGUGCUUGAUUACCUGUUUGAAGUAUACUGCUGUUUUGACUGCUUGCAUUGUGGAAAAAUCACUUUUAAUGAAAAGGAUACUUUUCUUGGCAAGGAUUGAGGUAUCCAAUGCAAUUUUACUGUGAGCUUGAAGAAGCUUUGUGAUAAGCAUAAUUCUAAGUCAAAUGUCAGUUUAUUUAAAUGUCUUAAUUUAAGUAUAAAUGUUUAUAGACCAGUGUCAGACUAGAAAAAUUUAAUUGUGAGUUUUGGAAGAUACUGUUUAAGAUGGAUGUAGCUUGAUGGUUUUUUUAAACAUUAUGUAUGAUAAAUAUGGAAAAUAUACCUUGCUUUCCCAUCUAGACUACCCA